CCUCCCCCCACAGCCCUUUACCGCUACCGUUCAAGCCACCAGCUUUCUUGUUCCCUUUCUACUCAGCUUCAUUACCCUCCCGUGACUUAUCACACCCCAUAUCAACCAUGGCCGACUCUCUGACCGAAGAGCAAGUUUCUGAGUACAAGGAGGCCUUCUCCCUCUUUGACAAGGAUGGCGAUGGCCAGAUCACCACCAAGGAGCUCGGCACUGUGAUGCGCUCCCUCGGCCAGAACCCCUCCGAGUCUGAGCUUCAGGACAUGAUCAACGAGGUUGACGCUGACAACAACGGAACGAUCGACUUCCCCGAAUUCCUUACCAUGAUGGCUCGUAAGAUGAAGGACACCGACUCCGAGGAGGAAAUCCGCGAGGCUUUCAAGGUCUUCGACCGCGACAACAAUGGUUUCAUCUCCGCCGCGGAGUUGCGCCACGUCAUGACCUCCAUUGGCGAGAAGCUCACUGACGACGAAGUCGAUGAGAUGAUCCGUGAGGCUGACCAGGACGGUGAUGGCCGCAUCGACUACAACGAGUUCGUCCAGCUCAUGAUGCAAAAAUAAACGGCUCUUCAUGUUCUAUUUGUCUUGUGUUAGCGGAAAGGGUGGGGAACAAUGAAAUCUACUCCACAAUGUCCCAUCUUUUAUCCCAUCCCGUCUCUUGUAGUCUCAUCAUUUGGCUAUGACUCUUUAUUCAUCUUGAUGAUCGAGCGCUUCGCAUUAUCACUGUUGGUUCUAAUGUUGCAGGAAUGGUAGAGGCGACCAUAGGUCUAGACUGGUCUGAGCGAGCUGAGAUUGAAUAUGUCAGACAGGGAGGGCUCUGUCUUUUGCUGGGAGUUCCUGCGUGAUGUGGCCCGCAAGGGCUAUUUGUUCCUCUUCAUACCCGCUUACCCCUUUCACCAUUGUCCAUAGUCCCGUGUCAUGAUUCGUUCCUUUGCCCGUCUGAUAUCUGGCAGUGGCUCGAUUGCAUCGGAUAAUAACCAUUUUGAUAUUCUAAGACCCGUUUUGAUGUAGACAUGAGAUUAUGUAUUUGUGCUGCACUUCGUCAAAGUCCC